GUCAAAAUUUAACCCUUGGAGGAUUUUUCUGGCCACUGUGGCCCAAUUUUUAUUAAAUCCUCAUGAAAUUAAAUCUAAUUUAACAUUUUGUGAUGAUUUCUAGUAAGAAAAUUCAAUUACUUUAUCAAAAGAUCUAUUAGAAAAACGUUUUCCUUUUUAAAGAAAAAAUUAAGGUUUAAGGUUAGAGGUUUCUGAUCCUGCAAGUGUUAAAGGGAUUACUCACUCACAUUGGAAAAGUUUUAUAAAAAAUAAAUUAGAUUUUGCUUUAGAAUCGUGAUUUCAUUUUUAUUUUAUCACCAAAAUAGGAUUUAAAGGUCAGCAGCUUUGGGAAAACAAAAUACAACAUGUGUAGCAUUGGAAAUGAAGAUUUUGAGGAUGAUGCCCCUCCUUCUGCAAUGAUGCAAAUCAACAACAAACAACACGACGUGGUUGAUGGAAACUGCAAGAAAUGCGGAUCUCCAGCAAUGGUAAAAUUACCUUUCAAGGAAGCUCAGUGCAAGGAAUGCUUCCUGUACUACAUUCGUCAUAAAUUCAGGGCUAAUCUGAGUUCCAGAAAAAUCCUCCCACGCAAUUGCAGUGUCCUGACAAUUUUUGAUGGAUCACCGGAAAGUAUCUGCCUCCUGGACCUUGUUACACAUUCUCUUCGCGCAGAGAACUACAAAAGAUUGAAUUUCAAUCAUCACAUUGUGAUAUUGGAUAGGAUUUUCUUAAGAGCACCCAGUUUGGGAAAUCAGGAAGUGCUGGAAAGGUUUUUCCAACAAUUUCCAUGCGAUAUGCAUUACCUUUCACUGUUGGACGAUGAAUGUUGCCUAGAAAUGUUCAACAUUAGGGAUUUUAUGAAGAAACUGGAAUCACAAAAGGACAAAUUGGCAAGAUUUCAAUCAACAUUUGAUAAUCAAUCAGCCUGGGAGGAUUUUAUGGAGCAACGUACAAAGAACUACAUUCGCAAAGCAGCUAGUUCUUUGGGUUGUGGCUACGUCUUCCUGCCCGAUACUGCGAGGGAUGUAGCAACAAAUGUUUUAAAUUGCAUUUCCCUGGGCAGGGGAGCCUCUAUGGCCUACGAUGUUGGAUUUCUGGAUGAUCGAAUCAACGAUUGCAAACUCCUGCGCCCGAUCCGGGAUUUCACACAGGAAGAAGUUGAUAAUUACAUCCGAAUGAAUGAAGUGCAAUGCUUACCUGUUGCAGCAACCUCCCGUGCACCUGAUAGUAUCCAGAGCAUAACGGAAAAAUUCAUAGACGAUCUCCAGCAAAACUACUCUUCAACGGUGUCAACAGUUUUCCGGACUGGUGAUAAAUUAGCUCCAAAACAAUCAAAUGAAGGAAAAUGCAUUAAUUGCCAUUCGAAUUUCCUCUGGGAAAAUUCCAAAACGCUCAAUGCUGUUGAAUUUUCCGCAAAAGUCUCGAAUUCACAUGAAAAUUCUCCCAAUGAAUUUUCCUCGGGUGCUAAAAAAUUCUGUUAUGCAUGUCAGAAAACUUUCCAAAGUUGUUCAACAUAAAAAAAAAUAAUAAAAAUUAUUAGAAAUUGUAA